CUAAUGGCGAUUAUAAAGUGGAUUAUUUUUAUUUUCAUUAUUUGUAUAAUCAAUAUAAAAUAUGUAAAAGGUGAAAUAAGUGGCCGCUUAUUGGACGAGCAUCAAGAAAAUAUGGAUAGAGAAACGGCAGCUGAAGUACUACAACAACAACAUCAUGCAGUAAACAGUAAAGAAUUUCCAAUUGUGCCUGCACAAAAUUCAAUACAGCCACCACAUCCAAGAUUUAAAUGUUUAUCAUGCGAUGCACCAUGUCACAAUGCAACCCAACAUGCCCACAUGUGCCAGAAUGCUAUACAGUGUUACAAAUCCCGUAUACGUGAUUCUUUUGGCGAGGAAAGGGUUAAUCGUGGUUGUAUUAUGUCUCCCGAACAAAUUCCCCUUUAUUGUAAUCACAAUUUGGGUAAUAAUUUUGGUGGACCACGUAAACGUAAUACACAGACUUUCAUCAAUUUGGAAUGCUGCACGGGAGACUAUUGUAAUGAUGGUGAUUUUCCAGAGCUACCGCCACCAAUCGAUGAAGUAACCCAACUAAAUGCGGACACCAGCAACAUUAUGAAAAUGACAUUUGCUAUAUUGGGACCCUUUGUGAUUAUUUCGAUAUUGGCCUAUGUUGCAUUUUAUUUCAUACGACGUAAUCAUCGUAAACGUUUAGAGUAUUCCAGAACCAAACAGGAUCCCGAUUCGUAUUUGGUCAAUGAUGAAUUGCUGCGUGUUACCAGUGCCGGUGAUAGUACACUGAGGGAAUAUUUACAACAUUCAGUAACAUCGGGUUCAGGUUCCGGCAUGCCAUUGCUAAUACAACGGACACUGGCAAAACAAGUUACUCUUGUGGAAUGUAUUGGUCGUGGUAAAUAUGGUGAAGUGUGGAGGGGUCAUUGGCAUGGUGAAAAUAUUGCUGUUAAAAUCUUCUUCAGUCGUGACGAAGAAUCAUGGAAACGUGAAACUGAAAUUUAUAGUACCGUUCUUUUGCGUCAUGAAAACAUUUUGGGUUUCAUUGGCUCCGAUAUGACAUCAAGGAAUUCUUGUACACAAUUAUGGUUAUUGACCCAUUAUUAUCCCCAUGGCUCGUUAUUUGAUCAUUUGAACCGUAAUGCCUUAAGUCAUCGUGAUAUGAUUUUAAUAUGCCUUUCCAUUGCCAAUGGUCUGGUACAUUUGCACACUGAAAUAUUUGGCACCGAGGGUAAACCUGCUAUGGCUCAUCGUGAUUUAAAAUCAAAAAAUAUUUUGGUCAAACCAAAUGGUACAUGUGUUAUUGCUGAUUUUGGCCUAGCCGUUAUGCACUCGAAUGUUACGGGAAAAUUAGAUUUGGGUAAUAAUCCAAAAGUUGGUACAAAACGUUAUAUGGCACCUGAGGUAUUGGAUGAGAGCAUUGAUAUGCACAACUUUGAGGCUUUAAGACGUACCGAUAUAUAUGCCCUAGGUUUAGUUAUAUGGGAGGUAUGCCGACGUACAAUAUCGUGUGGUAUUGCUGAAGAAUAUAAAGUACCCUUUUACGAUGUGGUACCAUCCGAUCCAAGCUUUGAAGAUAUGCGUAAAGUUGUAUGUGUGGAUAAUUAUCGACCGUCCAUACCAAAUCGAUGGAGUUCAGAUCCGCUUUUGGCAGGUAUGUCCAAACUAAUGAAAGAAUGCUGGCAUCAAAAUCCCAAUGUACGACUACCGGCUUUGCGUAUAAAAAAGACUAUUAGCAAACUGGCUUCCGCAGAUGAAAAAUUGCGUCUUGACUAUGAUGAAGUUUGUGUUUGA